AUGUAACAAACAUCUUCUGAAUUUCUCAACUGGAUAAAGGAAAGUUGUCUAGGGUUUUAGACACAGAGAGAGACGAGAAAAAUACCCCCCUCCCCCCUCAAAAAAAAAAAAAUAAAGGGAGCUUUUUUCAGGGUUUUAGAGAGAGAGAGAGAGAGAGAGAUGGGAAACUGCUUUUCGGAUGUGCAAGGAGGAAUGCAAGCAGUGGGUGGGGUCCAACAGAGGCCCACAGCGGCCACCACCAUGACCCACAACGAUGGCGGCCACAACGAUGCCGUUGACUUCUUCUACAGGUCUCGGGGGCUCCAGCAACUCUUCACGCAAAUCGAGUUAUCGUUGGCCGCAUUUAACUUGCGUGAUCGUGACAUCACUUCAAAGAGUGAUCCCAUGGCAGUGGUGUACGCUAAGAAAAUAGAUGGAAAACUGGAUGAGUUAGGUCGCACUGAGGUUGUACUGAAUAGCUUGAAUCCCACGUGGAUAGAAAAAGUUACAGUUGCAUUCCAGUUCGAGAUCAUGCAGCCGUUCGUAUUUCAUGUGUAUGAUAUUGAUACAAAAUAUUAUAAUGUACCCGUGAAGACAUUGAAAUUGGAGGAUCAAGAUUUUCUUGGAGAGGCCACUUGUGUUCUAUCAGAGAUAGUGACAAAACAAAGUCGGAGUUUAACCCUAAAUCUCCAUGGCAAAAGUGGGCAUACUGGUUUGAGGAACUUAGGGGUACUCACAAUUCAUGCAGAGGAAUUGGUUGCUUCAAGGAGUGCAGUUGAGAUCACAUUACGUUGUUCAUACUUGGAUAACAAGGACCUAUUUUCUAAAAGUGAUCCAUUUUUAAGAGUAUCUAGAAUUGUUGAGAGUGGGGGCUCCAUUCCAAUAUGCAAGACUGAGGUGGUGAACAACAAUUUAAAUCCAACUUGGAAACCCCUAUGCCUGAGUAUGCAGCAGUUUGGAAGUAAGGAUAACCCAUUAAUUAUCGAGUGCUUUGAUUUCAACAGCAGUGGCAAUCAUGUGCUCAUUGGUAAGCUUCAGAAGUCAGUGGCAGACUUGGAAAAACUUCAUAAAGGUAGAAGUGGUGCCAAUCUUAUCUUAACAUCUCAUCAUGGUCAUGAGAAGAUUUUAAAGGGACAGCUGUUUGUGGAUCAAUUUUGCGAGAAGGAGCAAUACAGCUUUCUUGAUUACAUUUCUAGUGGAUUUGAGCUUAACUUUAUGGUUGCUAUUGACUUUACAGCCUCAAAUGGAAAUCCUCGGAAUCCAGAUUCUUUACACUACAUCGAUCCUUCUGGCCGGUUGAAUUCAUAUCAGAAGGCUAUAAUAGAUGUCGGGGAGGUCAUUCAGUUUUAUGAUUCUGAUAAGCGUUUUCCUGCUUGGGGCUUUGGAGGAAGAACAUCUGAUGGCACUAUCUCGCAUUGUUUCAACUUGAAUGGAAAUGCGGGCGGCUUUGAGGUCGAAGGAGUUGAGGGGAUCAUGACUGCUUACGCAAGUGCUCUACAUAAUGUAGCUCUGGCAGGACCAACUUUAUUUGGCCAAGUGAUUAACACAGCUGCUCAAACUGCAGGCCAGUCUCUCUCGUACAAUAGCAACAAGUAUUUCGUCUUGCUCAUUAUUACGGAUGGAGUCCUUACUGACCUUCAAGAAACAAAAGACGCAUUGGUGAAGGCAUCUGAUCUUCCUCUAUCAAUUCUUAUAGUUGGGGUGGGAGGUGCAGAUUUUGGACAAAUGGAGGUUCUUGAUGCCGAUAAUGGACAACGAUUAGAGAGCUCUACAGGUCGUGUUGCUACGCAUGACAUCGUACAGUUUGUUUCAAUGCGAGACGUGCAUGGUGGGCGGAUAUCUGUGGUACAGGCUCUUUUGGAAGAGCUACCAGGACAGUUUUUGACGUACAUGCGGCGUAGAGAUAUCAAGCCACGCCCUCUCCAUGUAGCCCAAACGUCUGGCUAACUGGUAUAUAUAUAUAGGGUGAAUAAGGUCGAUGUUGUCCUUUAACAGCAAACACGAGCCCGUGCUAAUAGAUUGACCUACCUGGAAGGAGCUUUUCUUUCUUCUUUUUUUUUUUCACUCUUGAUAUGUUCAUAAACAUUUGAUUGUUUCUCAUAUAAUAUACGUGAUUUGUAAGUCUACGUUAUAGCAUGUCAUAAAUAUAUAUAUUCAAUAUUCUCUUUUC